UUUUUCUUUUUCAGCUGAAUUUUCAACAUAUUUGAAUUACUGCAGAUCACUUAGAUUUGAUGAAAAACCUGAUUAUUCCUAUUUACGGCAGUUGUUAAGAAAUUUAUUCCACAGACAAGGAUUUACAUACGAUUAUGUCUUUGACUGGAAUAUGCUAAAAUUUGGUGGUAAUCGAAGCCAGCAAGAACAGCAAGAUGAGAGAGACCGAAGAGAACGACAUCAUUUGCACGGCAGUACAGCUACACGUGGUGCUCUUCAGGCACCAACAACUGCAAGCAGUAGUCGUUUGCGAGGUGCUCCAGAUUCAGCUAGUCCUGCAACAGGUAGGUCUCUGCCACACCAUCUUGCUCCACCAACCAAUAUGACACCAGUAUUGAAUGCACCUCCAACUGCAGCUUCAGCCGCCAUGGUAGUAGGUGCUUCUCAUUCAGUUGCUCCUUUACCGUCCUCAAUGCCGCUAGGAGUUACCAUUCGUUCAAGAACAAGGUCUACACCCCGAGCAGCCAUAUCAGCACACGAAGGACCGGCCCAAAGAUGACAGGGGUUUUUACUGAUGUGCUGUGAAGUUAUUAACCAUUCUGAGCAACCUAUUUGGAGACAUACUGAAAUGAAACAAGAAAGGGUAAACCGUAAAGAGUAAUAAUGUAAAUGUUGGUGUUUAUAAGCUUGCAGAUAAGGAUAGACAAUGCUAGUCUAACUAGCUUCUAAUGGGAUGCAUUAAUAGAUGACUGAAAAAUAAUAAAAUUGACGACAUUUUGUUUCAAGUCCAGUCAAUAUAUGCGUGCUAGUUCUGGAUUAGUUCUUUUAAAAGUAUAUCAUGGGCAAAACUGUUCAAAUAUGAUAGCCCAAUUUUCCCCAGCCAUGACAGUUGAAUUUUAUGGUGCACAAAUAUUGAACAAGUGAGUCAAACGAUACUCAUUUGAGGAUGGGAGAUAUAAUGGCAAUUUAUUUCUGCAGAUUAACCUAAAGACAAUUAAAAUAUUUUCCCUCGUGCAUUGUGCAAGCUGAUAAAUCAGCUUUUAGAAAUUGUAGAAAAUGUUUGAUUUUCAUUGUUCCUUUUUCUUUUUAGAUUCAUUGCCUUGUCAUGUGUCAACAAUGCAAUGUUACAUUCAUCCAUAAUGAACAGCCUAGUUUUUACAAAUAUCAGGAACACCUUCUAUUAUAAAACUUUGUAUAUUCAAUGCACAAACUGAACUCAGGCUGUAGUCAAGCCAUUAUACAUUUUUUAUAGCUGUCUUCCUGUACAGUGUGCUUGGUCAAGGUCUGUUUUGUUUUUGAAUGCAAGUGUACUAAUUUAAGUUCCUGUAUAAUGAAACUUACUGCAGAAGAAAACUUCCCAGUUAGAACAAUAACUUCUAAUUAAUUAUACAAUGUAUGAGUUGGUAUUUAGUAAAUAUAAAAUAAUAGCAACUUAAAGUCAGGCAGCAAUGAAAAUACCAGCCAAAUAAAAAUUAGUCCAUAGCAGUAAACUUGCAGUGAAAAUUAGAGCAUAGAAUUCCAAAGUGAUCAAUUCUUUGUAAAAUACUUAGUAUGUUAUAGAAGCAAACUAAGUUGCCAUGUAUUUAUUCAUCAAGAUAACAUUUUGCACAAUUUCAGUAAUGGUAUGUUGUUCAGUGUAAAAAAAAAAACAGUUGAAGAUUGUGGGAAUAUUUGAAAUUUUUUAAAUAACAUUGAUGUUUAAUUAACAAAGAAAAUCAUAAAAGUUUCUGUCUGAAAUUGCUAUAGGUGCUUCUCUAUCCCAAAACAGAUGAUUAAUUUUUUUUAAUGAAGAAGCUGCACUUCAAGACAGGGAAUUUAUCUUGUAUAUUUCAUGAUUUGUAAAACCAAAAAUAUAAUUAAUUUUUUUUCCUUCUCUGACAGAUCAAACAUGAAAGGAUGCACUUUUUGCUUAACAAAAUUAUUUCUAUAAGACCAAAAAGAAACAUUUUCCAACAUUAAAAAAAAAAAUCAUUUGUGCUUCUCACAGCUUCGAUUUACCAACAUUUGCUUGUAAUAAGUGAGGUAAAUAUUCCAAAGUCAACUUUUUGUGAAGACAAAGAAAUGUGCCUAAUUUUGAUAGAAAUCUAUAGAAAUUUGCAAGUUGUUUAUAAUUGAAAACUGAAUUAAAUAAUUUCUCAAAAAUAAAAAAAAAAGAAGAAAAUACCUAACCUUUUUGGAAUAAUUUUGCAGUCAGUGCUGCAGGUUUAUGCAUCUCUUAUCUGCAAUCUGUAAACUCAUUUUAUUAUAGUUUAUUAACAGAAACUUUUGUCACCAUUUGAAAUUUCUCAAUGUCCGAAUCCUGGUAUUUGUACAUUAUAUUGACAUGAUAGGAUAUUUCUACUAUCAUUGUUAUGAAGUGAUGUCACCAGUGUAACUGUGAUUGUAGAGGUUUAAAUAAAAUAAACAAAAUAUGCUUUGA